GCAAAAAGCCGCGCAGUGUAUGGUCCGAUUUCCUCUGACCUUUCGUCGUCGUAUCAGUAAAUACUAAUGGAAACAGAAGGAUUGGAAAACGAAUUAAUUCAAUCAAUUCGACCUAGUUUAAAUGAAUUAUUACGAAUAUGGGAUUAUGUGGGUUAUAAUAAGUUGGAACGUUCACAACGUCUAAAACAUUUUGUUCAAAAACUUGAAACUGUCCUAUGCGAAGUAAUUAAAGAAGAGAAUUCUGCACGUCUUAUGAUGGAACAAAAAAUUGAAUUAAGACGUAGAGAAAUCGCUGAUAUGUGUCAACAAUUAGGUUUGGCACCAUUCCUACCUGAACGUGGACUUACUUCCAGUGAAUUAAUGAGAUCAUUGGAUGAAAAAGCGGAAGAAUUAAUUCAGCAGAAAAGUGCCCGAUGUGAACGUUAUUGUUGGUUACGAUCGAAGAUAUUACAUUUAGAUAAUUUAUUGGGUGGUGACCAAAUAUCGGAUAUUACAAAACAUAAGCUUGAUAUAGAUUUUCACACUACCUUCCCACCGAUUAUAAAAUUUUUUGGACAAUCGAAUUGUAUUGAUCAAAAUAACACGGAUAAAAAUGGUCAUUCAAAUGAAUAUGAAAGUUUAGAUCCUUCGCUAAUUUCGUCUAUUCAAACAUUACCAGAUCAAAUAAAUAUUGAAAAGCUUACUAAAAUUUAUGAAGAACUACAAUCAAUUUAUACACCUUUAGCUAAUCAACACGCUGCACUUCGUGAAGAUAUUGCUCGUGUUGCAGCUGAUAUUUUCUAUCAACCACAAUCAGAUAAAGAGGCUGAAAUUUUAACGAUUGUUGGAUUAAAACAUUUAUGCAAAAAUGGUAAUUCAAUUUCAACUCCUGGUGUAGUUAGACGAGCUAAUGAUGGAACAAAUUGUGUUAUGCCUAUAUCUACACCUAGUGAAAACUCAGAAGUCACUACAAAUGGUUUAGAUAAUAACCAUGAUACAUAUGAACCUGUUGUAAAUAAAGAGGUACUUAGAUGGUUAACUGAUUGGCGAUUAAGAUUAGUCAAAGAGAAAGCUCGUUUAGUUGGUACUUGUGAAGAAUUAAGAGCUUACCUGUUACAAAUGUGGAAACGAUUAGAUAAACCGGAAUCAGAACAAAAAGAAUUCCUGGAAAUGCAUUCUGGUUAUAAACCUGAAACACUGGAAGCACUUCAGGAAGAAGUUGAUCGAUGCCAACAAAUGAAAUGGGAAAAUAUGCAAACAUAUUUAACUCGUCUUGAAAGUGAAGCUCUACGAUUGGCUAGUUUAUGUUGUGUAGAUGAGAAAAUUAUUCAACUACCAAAUGACAGUGAUAAACAAGAUCCAGAAAUAUUAAUUAAUCACUUAGAGACUAUAUUAGAACAAUUAAACCAGACCUAUUAUUUAUAUCGUCCUGUCUAUGAAUGUAUUGCAGUAUAUGAAUCGUCUUGGAAACAAUUAAUUGAUGUUGAAGCUCGUUUAAAAGAUCCAUCAAUAUUUUCUAAUCGUGGUGGUAUUUUAUUAAAAACAGAAAAAGAGAAAAAACGUCUAUUGAAAGAAGUGGAACGUACUGAAAAAGAGGCAAUAUCAGCUAUUGAACAAUAUGAAUUGAAAAGUUCAUCACAUUUUCUCUUAUCUAAUGGUAAAACAUUUACUGAACAUAUUAAUGAAAGAUGGAAUAAUUAUAAAACACUUAAAGAUACAUCAAAAUCACGUCGUUCAAUUGUUCCAACCACUAGUAAUAAUAGUAAUUCAGCUAUCAGUAAUAAUAAUACCGGUAAUACAACACGUCCAACUUCAGCUAAUCUAACAGGAUCACCUGUAGCUCACACUUAGUACUUAUUUCAUUGAAUGGAAAACACUAACUUUUCAGUUUUUCCCAUUUCGUUGUACAUACACACGCAUAUAUAUAUAUAUAUAUAUAUAUAUAUAUAUAUAUAUAUAUAUAUAUAUAUCAAGUAAACGCUUACAGACAAGCCUUUACUUCUCAUAUACAUUUAAUUUUGUAGGCUGUGAAUCCAACUUUGAAAACACCAAUAAACAGGGGUUUACAAGAUUGACAGAUAAUGAAAGGAACAUUGAAUAUGGUUUCAUAUGUAAAUUCCUAUUUUUCUUUCUUUUUCUUUAUGUUUUAUUAUCUUUCUUCACAUAGUUUUUAAUUACUUUGCUUAAUUUUGUUGUUUUUAUGUGUAAAAAGUGGUCAUUUGAAUCAAUAAUGGCUACCUACUAUAUAUAUACAUAUAUAUAACACCAAUCAGCUGAUCUAAUAACUACUUUUCAAUAAAACAUGAUUGUAUUUAUCGACACUUAUUACCUAGUUGAGUUUAUUCUGAAAUGAGAAUUCAUAUUUAUCUCAUAUAAUCUUUUCUAUUGUGAGAAAAUAAUUUCGGUUGGGGUUAUUAUCUUUGUUGCUGUCCUCAGUAUACAUUCAAAAAAAAACAGCCAUAGAAUGUGUGUUAUUCACUUAAUUUGACGCUUUCAAUUUCUGUGAAAAAGUUUAAUUCUAUUGUGCAAUAAAUAAAUUUGGAUUUUUGUUUGUUUCAAAUGUAACCUACUACUUUUUCUGUGUGUUGUUAUCAAUGAAGUAUGUUUUUUGUUUGUUUCAUUUUCUUUAUAUUUUUCUUUUAUCUUAUAUGUGUGUAUGUGCAUGCGUGUGUGUGUGUGUAGAUGUUUAUCCUUGGUUCAAUUUGAUAAUUAAUUAAUAGUUCAAAAACCAUUUCAAACAUUCACUCAUUUGGUUUUCAUCCUUCAUUUCGAAUGAAUUGGCUUGUUGUAUACUAACUGACUUGUCGUUCAUGAACAGAAUAUAUUAGAAUAAUAAUAAUAAUAAACACUGUUUUGCUUGUAGUAACUGGGGUGCUUUUCUGUUUCUAUGACCUUGAGUAGAAAUUAAUUUUAGUAGAUAAAUGCGUAAAUUAAUUCAAUUUUAAUCCAUCAGUUAUUUAAGUUAGUUACUGUUGAGUCGGCUUCCGGAGAACUUCAACGGAGCCUACAGCGGCCCAAAAGGAGCCGAAGAGUCCUAGCCAAUCAGAGUAUGAUGGAACAUUCUAGAAUUCCAACGUGGCGUGCUACUAUUGGUCGGUAGCAUAAUAUGUCGUUAACGGAUUGGCUGAAAUAUGAUGUUGAUUCAACAGAAGCCAACAUCUAUAAAUACCCAUGAUUUUCUGUACAAAAAUGAACCUUAGGAUAAAGUACUUGUGUCUUCUCUCUGAUGUUCAAGUCGCUGUGUAGUUCUAGACUGCGGGUUACCAGAAUAGCUUAGGGAAACGAAUAUAGCGUUCGAUCGACAAGACUUAUCAGUUACUUUUCUAUGAACAGUAGUAUUAAUGGAAUGGUGAACUGAUGAAUACACUACAAUUGUAGCAUUUAGAACAGAAUGAAAUCCAUUGUAGUAAUGUAUAAUACAUUCGACUGUUAAAUUAGUUUUGAAUUAUUCAGAUAAUUGGUAGAGUUUUCGUUUAUGAUGAAUGGAUAUUGGCUUGACUGUCAUUCCAAAAAUAGAAAACAUUAAACAGUUGUUUUAUACAUGUUUAAAGUUUCUCAGCAACGCGCACUAAAAGCUAUUUGUAGGAUUGAACCCAGAAUAUUUAUGUCUCUCGACAAAUACAAUAAUUUUAAUCUACUAAGUUCAACUUCUAUGGUCCAUAUUUUAUUGUUCACCUGAUUUGUAAUAUAACUCCACCACAAUGAGCUAAUGGCUACCAUAAUGGAAAGUAUAAAUGUUCAGACUUUGUAAGUUGAGAUUUAGUCAGGCCAACUAAACUGUGGUUUGCUGGUGAAGCUUCCAUUUGUUUGACUAGUUCAUUGUCAUCCCGUCGAGAAAAGUAUGAACACACUUAUGGAUUCAUUAUCAUAACAUUUUCAUGGCUAUCUCAUAUUUUAUGGCAAUGAAAUUGGUCACCGGUAUUUUGUACCUGACCAAGUGGUUGGGCAUACCAUGCUAGUGUAUUUGUGACCUUGCAAAUUACAGCAGAUACUUCGUGUGACCAGAGCUCAAGUUUAUGAAGUGAGAUCUUUCAGAUGCUGUAUAACUUAACACAUGGACAGCCUUCAUUUUGCCUACAGGCAUCCUUUUCGAAUACAUCCCAUGAUACUAUCGAAUCAGAGGUGUGAGCAUUACUAUUUAUAGGUAAACCAAGUAAAUAUGAUUAGUGGAAACUUUCACGUAUCUGGGCAACAUCGAUGAACAUGGAGGAUCUGAUGCAGACGUAAAGACGAGGAUUGGCAAAGCAAGGGCAGUAUUCCUGCGGUUGAAUAACAUAUGGAACUCAGAACAACUGUCAACUAACAUCAAAGUUAGAAUUGUCAUUACAAACAUCAAAUUUAGAAUUGUCAUUACAAACAUCAAGACAGGCGUACUGUACGGAGCUGAAACUUGGAGAACUACCGCAAUCAUUAUCAAAGAAGGACAAGUAUCUAUGAACAGUUAUCUACACAAGAUACUCAAUGUCCGUUUGUCG